AUGGCGAUGAAUAUCAUGUUUGAUGUUCUUGGAAGACAGCGCACUCAGCAAUUUCAUCGAGAUUUUUCCGUGUUGGAAGAUUUUACCGACAACCAAGUCCGAGCGAGAUACCGGUUUAGUCGAGAAAACAUCGUUUUUAUAGCAGAUUUAGUACGAGAUGAGCUGGAGAGACCUACGAAAAGGAGCAAUGCCCUCUCUGUUGAAAUGCAGCACGGUGGAUUUCCCGGUGUAGUUGGGUGCAUUGACGGAACGCAGAUUCGUAUCCAGGCACCGACUCAGAACGAGCCCACGUUUGUCAAUCGGAAGGGGUACCAUUCCAUUAACGUGCAGGCAAUAUGUGACGAGAAAAAAAAAUUAACAAACGUGGUCGCAAGAUGGCCAGGUUCUACACAUGACAGCCAUAUAUUUCGUAUGUCGGACAUCAAGCAGUAUUUAGAGAUUCAUCACAGGACUUUGGCGGAUGGUUUGAUAUUAGGCGACAGUGGCUAUGCAUGCCAGAAAUAUUUACUGACGCUCUACCUGAGACCAGCCACCAUCCAACAGGACCGAUACAAUGAAUGUCAUAAACGCACUAGGACAAGGAUUGAGCGAGCUUUUGGGGUGUGGAAAAGGCGUUUUCAUGUUUUGCAUGGAGAAAUAAGAAUGAGACCUGAAAGGGUAUGCAAAAUAAUAGGUGCUUGUGCAGUUUUGCACAAUUUGGCAGUGUCACUGAAGGAACCGGAGUUAGAUGAUGCUAAUGGAGUCAAUGACAUCAUAAAUGAUGCCGCUGUUUACAACGGACCUGAAGAUGGUCAUUCAGUACGGCGCCAUAUUACAGCGACCUACUUUGAUUAGACUGUAUACAUGAA